GUAGUUUGCUCCCUAGUAUUACGAGAAUUUCUUUUCCCUCCUCUACUGACACACGCGUUUGACUCUAGUAGAUACUCAAAAGUCCUUUCUGUCUCCUACAUUAAUCAUUACUGAGAAGCGUGUUUCAUUUUCAUAUUCAUCAAACCAACUCAUUCAUGGCUUCCCUCACAGAUCGAUUCAAGUAUGACGUUUUCAUCAGUUUCAGAGGCGAAGAUACUCGCUAUGGUUUCACCGGCUAUCUCAAGAAAGCUCUUGAUGACAAAGGAGUCCGUACUUUCAUGGAUGACGACGAGCUUCGAAAAGGCGAAGAAAUUACACCAUCACUUCUCAAAGCAAUUGAAGACUCUAUGAUGGCCAUUAUUGUUCUCUCUAAGAACUAUGCUUCUUCCUCUUUUUGCUUACAAGAAUUUUCAAAGAUCCUUGAUUCUAUGAUGAAAGAUACCGGUCGUUUUGUUUUGCCGGUUUUUUAUAAGGUGGAUCCUUCUGAUGUACGAAAGUUGAAAAACACUUAUGGUAAGGCAAUGGCUAAACAUAAGACCAGCUUCGAUAUGGAUAAAUGGAAGUUAUCUCUUCACCAAGUUGCUAAUUUGUGUGGCUUUCAUUAUAAAGGGGAUGCGUAUGAGUAUGAGUUUAUUGAGAAGAUUGUUGAACAAGUCUUAAGAAAUAUAAAACCUGUUUCCUUACUUGUUGGUGAGUACCUAGUUGGACUGGAGCACCAAAAGCAACACGUGACUUCACUUUUGAAUAUUGGGUCUGAUGAUACGAUCCACAUGGUGGGGAUCCUUGGGAUUGGUGGAAUAGGGAAAACUACUCUUGCUCUGGAAGUUUAUAAUUCGAUUGUUCAUCAAUUUCAAUGUUCCUGUUUUGUUGAAAAAGUCAGAGAAAAUUCUGACAAAAAUGGGUUGAUACAUCUCCAAAAGAUCCUUUUGUCUCAAAUUGUUGGAGAGAAGAACACAGAGAUAACAAGUGUUGGACAAGGAAUUUUAAUAUUACAAAAAAGGCUUCAACAAAAGAAGGUUCUUUUGCUUCUAGACGAUGUUGACAAAGAGGAGCAAUUGAAGGCUAUUGCUGGAAGUUCCGAUUGGUUUGGUCCAGGCAGUAGAGUCAUCAUCACGACUCGGGACAAAAGGUUGCUAAAAUGUGGUGGGGUUAAGAGAAUAUAUGAAGUGAAGGGAUUGAAGGAUGAAGAUGCUUUUGACUUGGUGGGAUGGAAAGCUUUAAAAAAUGAUUAUAGUCCAAGAUAUAAAGAUGUUUUAUUAGAACAAAAGUAUGGAAGAGAAUUGGAUGUGAACGAAUUGCGUAGACUGAAAGAUUUGAAGAAUGACAAAGGUUUUUCAGGUUAUGCGAAUGUUUUAAAACGUGUCGUAGCAUAUGCUUCUGGUCAUCCACUUGCUUUGGAAGUCAUGGGUUCUCAUUUUUCUAAUAAGACAAUAGAACAAUGUGAAGAUGCAUUAGAUCGUUAUGAAAGAGUUCCUCAUAACAAGAUCCAAAUGACACUACAGCUGAGCUUUGAUGCCUUGCAGAAAGAAGAAAAGUUUGUUUUUCUUGACAUUGCUUGUUGCUUCAAAGGAUGGAAAUUGACAAGGGUUGAAGAAAUACUUCAUGCUCAUUAUGGUGAUAUCAUGAAAGAUCACAUUAAUGUGUUGGUGGAAAAAUCUCUCAUAAAAAUAAGUGAUUCUGGUAAUGUGACAUUACAUGAUUUGGUAGAGGAUAUGGGGAAAGAAAUUGUUAGACAAGAAUCACCCGAAGAUCCCGGGAAGCGAAGUCGGUUAUGGUCUUCUAAAGAUAUAAUUCAAGUUUUACAAGAAAAUACUGGAACAAGUAAAAUUGAAAUCAUACAUUUUGGCUGUUGGAUUAAAGUACAAUGGGAUGGACAAGCUUUCUUGAAGAUGGAAAAUCUCAAAACACUAAUUUUUAGUGAUGAUGUUUCUUUUUCUACAAAUCCUAAACAUCUUCCAAAUAGUCUAAGAGUGUUGGAAUGUCGCAAUCGCAAUUGCAAGUAUCCUUCGUCGGAUUUCCAUUUUUUCAUUUGCAAUCGCAAUAUCAAUCGCAAACAUCCUUCAUCAAAUCCAUUUGAGUGGAAGGCCUUUCUCACAAAGAAGUUCCAGAAUAUGAGAGUUUUAAGUCUUGAUAACAGUAAUCUUUUGGCACAAAUACCUGAUAUAUCUGGUCUCCCAAAUUUAGAAGAAUUUUCAGUUCAAAAAUGUUGGGAACUAACUACAAUUGAUAAAUCAGUUGGUUUUUUGCGUAAACUUAAAAUCUUGAGAUUUAUAGAUUGCACCAAAAUCCAGAGUGUUCCGCCUCUCAAUUUGGCUUCAUUGGAAGAACUUGAUCUUUCACGUUGUUAUAGUCUAGAAAGUUUUCCUCUCCUGGUGAAUGGAUUUUUUGGAGAACUUAAAAUCUUAAGGAUUAUAAAAUGCACCAAAAUCAAAAUUAUUCCAUCUCUCAUGUUACCUUCUCUAGAAGAACUCGAUCUUUCAGAUUGUACUAAUCUUGAGAAUUUUUUACCUGUGGAAGAUGGGUUUGGUGAUAAGCUUAAAACCAUGAGUGUUAGACGUUGCAUCAAGCUAAGGAGUAUUCCACCUCUCAAGUUGGAUUUGCUAGAAACACUUAACCUUUCAUGUUGUUAUAGUCUUGAGAGUUUUCCACUUGUGAUGGACGGGUUUCUUGGAAAACUUAAAACUCUACUUGUUAAUAGUUGCAUCAAGCUAAGGAGUAUUCCACCUCUCAAGUUGGAUUUGCUAGAAAAACUUGACCUUUCAUAUUGUGGUGCCCUUGAGUGUUUUCCACUUGUGGUAGACGGGUUUCUUGGAAAACUUAAAACCUUGCUUGUUAAAAGUUGUCACAACCUCAAGAGUAUUCCACCUCUCAAGUUGGAUGCACUAGAAACACUUGAUCUUUCAUGUUGUUAUAGUCUUGAAAGUUUUCCACUUAUAGUAGACGGGUUUCUUGGAAAACUUAAAACCCUACUUGUUACUAGUUGUGGCAAUCUCAGAAGUAUUCCACCUCUCAAGUUGGAUUCGCUAGAAAAAUUUGACCUUUCUUAUUGUGGUAGUCUUGAGAGUUUUCCAUUGGUGGUGGAUGGGUUUCUUGGAAAACUUGAAACCCUUCUUGCUGAAAAUUGUCACAAUCUUAGGAGUAUUCCACCUCUUAAGUUGGAUUCACUAGAAACAUUUGACCUUUCAUGUUGUUAUAGUCUUGAGAGUUUUCCACUUGUGGUGGACGGUUUUCUUGGAAAACUUAAAACCUUACUUGUUACAAGUUGUCACAAUCUUAAGAGUAUCCCACCGCUCAAGUUGGAUUCUUUAGAAACACUUGACCUUUCAUGUUGUUAUUGGCUCGAAAGUUUUCCACUUGUGGUGGACGGGUUUCUUGGAAAACUUAAAACCCUGCGUGUUACAAGUUGUCACAAUCUCAGGAGUAUUCCACCUCUCAAGUUGGAUUUGCUAGAAGAACUUGACCUUUCAAAUUGUUAUAGGCUCGAGAAUUUUCCACUUGUGGUUCACGGGUUUCUUGGAAAACUUAAAACCCUUCUUGUUACAAGUUGUCACAAUCUCAGGAGUAUUCCACCUCUCCAGUUGGAUUCACUUGAAAAACUUGACCUUUCAAAUUGUUAUAGGCUCGAGAGUUUUCCACUUGUGGUGGAUGGGUUUCUUGGAAAACUUAAAACCCUACUUGUUACAAGUUGUCACAAUCUCAGGAGUAUCCCACCUCUCAAUUUGGAUUCUUUAGAAAAACUUGACCUUUCAUGUUGUUGUAGUCUUGAGAGUUUUCCAUUGGUGGUGGAUGGGUUGUUGGAUAAACUUAAAUUCUUGAAUAUCGAAUGUUGCAUCAUGCUUAGGAAUAUCCCACGGCUCAGGUUGACUUUGUUGGAACAUUUCAAUCUUUCAUGUUGUUAUAGUCUUGAGAGUUUUCCAGAAAUAUUGGGAGAGAUGAGAAAUGUACCAGGAGUCCUCUUGGAUGAAACUCCCAUAAAAGAAUUGCCGUUUCCAUUUCAAAAUCUUACACAACCUCAAACAUUAUGUAACUGUGGAUAUGUCUACUUACCAAAUAGGAUGUCAAGACUGGCUGAAUUUACUAUCCAGAAUGAAGAGAAAGUGAACGCAAUGCAAUCUUCACAUGUAAAGCAUAUUUGUGUCAGGAACUGCAAACUUUCAGAUGAAUAUCUGUCAAAAAGUCUUAUGUUGUUUGCUAAUGUGAAAGAAUUACACCUAACUAAAAAUCAAUUCACAGUUCUUCCUAAAUCUAUCGAAAAAUGUCAUCUUUUAUGGAGGCUUGUCUUGGAUGAUUGUGAGGAACUUUUGGAAAUUGAAGGGAUUCCUCCAUGCUUAAAAUCUUUAUCUGCAAUAAACUGCAAAUCGUUGACUUCGUCGUGCAAAAGCAAAUUACUAAAUCAGGAAUUACAUGAGGCUGGAAAUACUUGGUUCCAUUUGCCACAAGCGAAAAUUCCAGAGUGGUUCAAUCACCAAUGUUUGGCAGGAUUGUCAAUUUCUUUCUGGUUUCGUAACAAGUUUCCUGCCAUUACUCUCUGUGUUGUUUCUCCAUUGACAUGUUAUGGUUCUCAACAUCGUGUAAAAGCGACCAUCAACGGCAAUACAUUUUUCUAUACACAUGGUUCGAAGAUAGGUACGGCAUCACAUAAGGAUACAUACCAUUUGCAUCUUUUUCAUAUGCAAAUGAAGUACUUCAAUGAUAAUAUGGACAAAGCACUUUUAGAAAAUAAGUGGAAUCAUGCAGAGGUUGACUUUGGAUUCCCAUUCAUGUAUAGUGGAAUCCAUGUAUUGGAAGAGAAAAGUAACAUGAAAGAUAUUCGAUUCAGUAACCCAGAGAUUGAUGCUAACAUUGUGUUACACCCGGGAUGUUAAAGUUGGAAUAUGCAUUUUCUUAAAUACAGACACAGGAGCAUUUCUGAUUUGUUUAGUCAUAUGAGUUGUUCGGUUAGAUUACUGCAUCUGCGUUAAAAGUCUCCAACUUUUCAAAAUAUUUGCAACAAGGUGGAAGUUCUUGCCACGAGCGCAUAUGAAGUAUAUACUCCCUGAAGGAAUUGACAUUGAAAAGGUGGUGGUUGUUGAUAAGAAGAGCUUGUGUAUGAAGCCUGAUUUGAAGAUCACUCCAAUCAAUCUGCUAAUAUGGCUCUUCUGCGAUAUUUUAAUGCCAAGCUGAUUAAUUUCUUAAAUCUGCAUCCUAAGACAAGGUUGCUGAUAUUCUAGAGGUCAGACUACCGUCCUCGUAAACUUAGCUCAGUUGGUAGCUAAAAAGCUUGUAACUUGAUUUUCAAAGACAGGCCCGUGAAUUUGUCAACGGAGAUUUCAUCAACUUCCAAUGAAAUUUAACUGUCGCUGAACAACUUACAUUUAUUCCAUCUUUUAAAAGACGUUUUUCUCGGAAGAAUGUUGCUGACCAGACUGAUCAAGUUCAGUGUUUUUCAUCAUCUUAAACUUCUCUGCCAUCCGAUGAAUCUGACUGCCUAGACAACCAAGAAAGUGAAAGCACAUGGCAGAAAGAACGUAAAACUUUUUCUGAUUGUGAGUAGUCUCAACGCAGAAAGAAUCAUUGUCAAUGUAUUUUCAACCAUUUUCUGAUUGUGAGUAAUCUCUAUGCAGAAAGAGUCAAGCAGAAAGAAUGUGCAUAAGAUCUCCCCUCCACAUUCUGUUUGCCGCACUGAAAGCCCUGAUUUAAAAAUUGUCUCUUGUACGGAUAGUUUGUUGACACACACACCUGCACAGUUGGCGCCUGAGAAAUUGUUGCUCGGUUCUGAUGUUAAGCUUCAAAUAGUGAUUGCCUAAAAUUUUAUGUUGUGUUUUAAGCCUGCAAAACGAGUGUUUGACUUUACACUCACAGAAGGCAGUGAUGAUUUGGACAAUAGAGUAAACAUAUCUAAAUCUAGCAGAGGGUAUUUUGAGGACUGCAAAUUUUUUGAUUAUGUUCCUUACUUCCAGUGGUAUGCCAUUUUGUUUAAAUGGGGGAUUGUUGGAACACUAUGUGUGUUUGAGGUGAAUUGAAAAGUUCCUAAUAGUCCUAUAUAGGAGAGUUUACAUACAAAACUAGUGUUUAUAUAACGGAGGUAUGACUCUAAUGUUAUGGAGGUAACAGUAAAUUGAAAUGGUAUGUGGUAAAAUGGUCCUAAUGUUGUUUGA